AUGGAUUUCUCCGACUUUGAAGUCAUCGACCCAAUCGCCGAGUUUGGCCAUGAGAGCAGCGACGAUGAGGAUGCCCAGCCGCCGUACGCGCAUCUUCAGGGCGGUCAUCCCCCAUGGCAGGGCCAUGAGGGUAAGCUAAAACUGACGAGUGAUGCCAUCACCAGCAAUGGAAUUCGUCUCUCGAUUUCCGACCUUUCGAACCCAUUGGCUCGUAUGCUCCCUACCGUUUACCAGUAUCGCGCCUCCAUUUCUCUUUACGACUCUCAAUAUGAUCCCGAGACUGGAGAUCAGAUUCCCAUUCCCGACGAUAUCAUCGAGUCUGUCGUUUCAGUCUUGAGUCGAUUCGUUGUGAUUUGCGGCGACUUCCGCUGUAAGAAGGAGAAUAUCCAUGUUAUCGCGACCGAAGCCACCCGCGCUGCACUCAACUCGAAGCAGUUCUUGGCUGCUAUCAAAGACAAGACUGGUCUGACAGUUGAGCUCCUACCUAAAGAGGAAGAGGGCCAGAUCGGUGCCCUCGGAAUCGCCAGUGGCUUCUCUAACAUGGAAGGCCUUGUGAUGGACCUUGGCGGUGGCAGCACCCAGAUUACCUGGAUGCUCAGCUCGGGCGGUCAGGUUCGCAUGAGUCCCAAAGGCAGCUUCAGCUUCCCAUAUGGAGCUGCUGCUUUGACCAAGAAGCUUCACGAUCUUCGUGACGGUAAGAAGAAGGAUGAAGCCGAUGCAGCUGUCAAGGCUUUCGAGAAGGAAAUGAUCGCCAACUUCAAGGACGCAUACAACAAUCUGCAGAUCCCCGCCGAGAUGACCGAGAAGGCUGAGAAGGAAGGCGGGUACCGUAUUUAUCUCUCCGGAGGUGGUUUCAGAGGAUGGGGAUAUUUGCUCCUGUACCUGAAUCAGACCGAUGGCAGCUACUAUCCCAUUUCCAUUAUCAAUGGAUACACUGCCAAGCGCAAACAGUUUGAGGACACCGAGGCUCUCAAACAUGUCGCUCAUGCUGCGAAAGACAUUUUCCGUGUUUCCGAUCGUCGAAGAUCCCAGGUUCCCGCGGUCGCGUUCCUUGUCAAUGUUCUUUCAGAGUCCAUUCCUGGAGGUAUCAGAGAGGCACACUUUUGUCAGGGCGGUGUCAGAGAAGGCUUCCUCUUCCGCCAGCUUUCACCAUCUAUUCGAGCUCAGUCUCCCCUAGAGGUUGCCACAGGCUACUUUGCCCCGGGUUCGCGACAUCUCAUUCAGCAAUUACUCAAGAACGCAAUCCCGAAACCUUCUAAGAAGAAGGAGUUCCCAGAGGAGUUCGGCGAGCCUGUUGUUGACUCCUUCGCCAAUGCGAUGUAUCUGCACAUGUUCAUGAGUAAGGAGACGGCCUCAACGACGGCUUUGUACUCAACCAGUGUUGGAAACAUGUCUGCGAUCCACGGUGUUUCGCACCAAGAUCGAGCAAGGUUGGCCUUGAUGCUUGAGUCCAGAUAUGGUGGUGAACUUCCUCCUCGUGAGCUCGAGUUCCGUGAGUCACUUCGUGACAUGCUCACGCCUGAGGAAGUCUGGUGGGCAUCAUACCUCGGCAGGGUCGGACAACUCAUCACCGCGCUCUACCCAGCCGGUAAGAUCCACAAGUCGAAGCCACGCGUGGUGUUCACCUCUCAGUGGUCGUACACUUUGGGCAAGAAGAAGAAUAAGGAAGGUCUUCUGCUCACAAUCUCUGUACAGAAAACCAACGAUGACCCAGCAAGAACAAAGGAAACUGUCAAGGAGGCAGCUAGUGAUGUGGAAAAGAUUGGAAAGAAGAAGAACUGGAUUGGAGAUGAUGAGCCUUGGGGAAUGAAGGUUAAAGUCAGGGUUGUGGAGGAGGGCAUUCUCUCUGAGGAGAUGGAGAAGCUGAAAAUGUAG